AUGAGGGGGCUUGUAGUUUUGGCAGCUCUGUUUGCCGCUGUUUGUGGCAAGGAGACCUUUGAGGGACACCAAGUUCUUCGGAUUACUGCUGCAGAUAAGGCGCAGAUCAAUCUUUUAAAAGAUCUGUCCGAGCUAGAACAUCUAAAGCUGGAUUUCUGGAUGGAACCAGUUCACAAGUCUCUUUCUGUUGAUGUCCGUGUUCCCUUCCACAGCCUGCAGAUUGUAAAAGCUUUUCUGAGGUACAACCUGAUCAACUAUCAGGUCAUGAUUCUGGAUCUUCAGGAUCUUCUGGACACUGAGCAUCGUGUGAUGAUUAGGUCUCGUGCUGUUCAGCCCAGAACCACUAAUGAUUACGAUUACACCAACUACCACACACUGAAUGAGAUCUACAGCUUCAUGGACAUGCUGGUAGAAGAGAACCCUACAUUAGUGAGCAAAAUAGUGAUUGGUCAGAGUUACGAGGGCCGUCCACUGAAUGUACUUAAAUUUAGCACUGGUGCUAACCACCCUGGUAUUUGGAUUGACACUGGUAUUCAUGCUAGAGAGUGGAUCACACCAGCCAGUGGAACUUGGUUUGCAAAAAAGAUUGUGAAUGAUUAUGGACGUGAUGCUGCUCUUACUGCCAUUCUGGACAAGUAUGACAUUUUUCUGGAGCUUGUCACCAAUCCUGAUGGAUAUGAGUACACUCACACCUCUAAUCGCAUGUGGCGUAAAACGAGAAGGAUCAACCCUGGUUCCACAUGUGUUGGUGUUGAUCCCAAUAGAAACUGGGGAACUGGAUUUGCAGGUGCUGGUUCCAGUAACAACCCUUGCUCUGAGACCUACCGUGGACCUAGCGCUCACUCAGAGCCUGAGAUCAAGGCCAUUGUGGACUUUGUUCACGCGCAUGGCAACCUCAAGGUGUUUCUGACCAUCCAUAGCUACUCUCAGAUGCUGCUCUAUCCCUACGGUGACACCAGCACUCCCUGCAAGGAUGAAAAAGAGCUGGAUGACCUUGCAUUAAAGGCGACCACAGAGUUGAAGAAACUGUAUGGCACAAGCUACACAUUUGGCAGCACCAUCGCCACCAUCUAUCAAGCCAGUGGAACCACCACCGACUGGACUUACGACCAGGGCAUUAAGUACUCCUACACCUUUGAGCUUAGAGACACUGGCCGAUACGGAUUCAUCCUGCCUGCCGACCAGAUCCUUCCAACCGCUGAGGAGACGUGGCUAGCAGUAAUGGCCAUUAUGGAACACACCAAAAACAACCCCUACUAAAUCAGCAGCUCAGUUUAACCCAUGAUGGCAAUAAAGCAGAACAUCUAAUUAAACUAAUCUAAUACAACAAGCAUAACAUUAAAACCACCUCCUUGUUUCUACACACAUUGUCCAUUUUAUCAGCUUCACUUACCAUAUAGAACAGGGGUGCCCAAAUAAUUCCUUAUAAGGGGCCAAAAUUUUAUCUCAGUGAGGGGCCACGGGCCAAAACUAAAAGUUAUUUUAAC